UGACUCUGACAGCAAACCUGGCGUCUGUCAGUAUGGCUUCAAACCCCGCCUGAGUCUCGAAACGAGAUACCGCGUCGUUGCUCAGCUGCUCGCCAAUCAUCCCAUGUCUACUCUGAUCGUUCUCUUCAAUGGUGUCUCCCCUUCUCUCACCUCCCGCCCCUAGACCAGACGAGUUUCCUCGAGCUUCAGUCGCCUCGGAUGAUGAUCGCAAGUUUCGCAACUUUCGGACAACUGGACUGGAAAGUUCUGCAAUCGCCCGAAUGAUGGACGGAUUACACAACAGGUCCGGCAAGCAGCAGGACACGGACAUUUUUGCGGGGUCCUCACGUUCAGAGAGGGCACCACCGAGUCCCGGACAGAGGCAAACGGAGGCAAUAGCGGAAACUAGAAGUCAGGAGAAAAUGUCUCGAAAAUCCCGACAGCUCCAACCGUCCCCUUUGAAUUUGCUAGAUGGAGGCUUCGAAGCUUCGGUGGUCUCCGAAGCCCCAGAUGCUACGAAGAGAAGACCUUUGGGUGUAGAACCACACCAAAAUGGUCCUCAGGUCAAUGGACACAGCACUAGCCAUCACCGGUCUGCAAGUCAGCGAACUACGAACGGCGACCAGAAAAACAUACAGUACUCCUUACCACCCGAUCAGGCUUUUGGCAUGGUCUUUGAGCAUUCUCAGGCACCUGACAUUGUCAACGGCAGCAAGUCACAUAGGACUUCUUUGGUGGAUGUCAUUGAUGGAUCCGAAGUUGCGACUGUUCUAAACCAGUGGUCUAGAGAAGUCUCUCCAGCCAGGAACCAGGACAAGGAUCGAGAGCGUGUUCCGAAACUAUCUCCCGCCAAAAUACAAGAACUCACCUCGUCACCUCAGUCGAUUCCUUAUCGCGCGGCAGAUAACGAACAAAGUCACAGGGUUGUUUCUGAUCAAACGCAUGCUUCAAACUCACAAAUAACCUUGACGGACGAUGCCUCGCCCCUAUUAAACAAUAUAAAGUUACCACCCGAUCAUGCCACGAAAUCCCAAACAAACAAAGAAUUCACUUUUGACGGAGGCUUGGCAAGACCACCCACAUCGUCAACUCGACAUCGCUCACAAAGCUCACGGGCUGUUUCUACCCCAACCUCCUCUCGGCGACAAACGCUACCCAGCAACGAGCGCCUUGCACAAACGUGGGCAUCCCGGUCGAAACAGGAUCGUCCCAGCAUAGGUCGGGAAUCAGACUCUAAGAACCUGAAUUCUGCACCACAAAUGGCCGAUUCUGCACUGCCUUCACCCAUGCCACCGUCUAUUCCCCUGCCUCCUUUGUCUGUUCCGACUUACCUACAAUUAGAACUUGCAUCGGGCCGACCCUCCCCCUUGUACAUACAUCCCUCAGCCGCCAGCGACUUCCCGUAUGAGUCCUCUCGCGUGAAGCUUGAGCGGCUCAUGAACUUUUUUAUGCUUCCGCCAGUGCUAGAGCAGGUCUUUUGGUUUGGAAUACUGGCCUGCUUAGACUCAUGGCUCUAUUCCUUUACUAUACUUCCUCUUCGCUUUGUGAAAGCUUUGUAUAUUUUGCUAGAAUCUUGGAUGGUUAAUCUGGGUGUCGAGUUUCGGUUUAUCUCCGGCUUUAUCAUUAAAGGCGUGGGAAGAGUAUGGCGAAGGCGCAACAAGGUAUCGGGAGAUGGAACGCACCUGAUUUCAGAAGCUGAAGGCCGGUCGCGACAGGAGCCAGCUGGAACUGAACGCGAUAUGAAAGCGAAAGCAGCGGAGGCGCGCAGACGGUGCCGCUCCGAUACACAUCACAAGUAUCAACACCGCCGACAAAAGUCCAUUCCGUCCGCACUGCUUCCAGACGAUAAGGCAGAUAUUCUCAAGGGUCUACUAAUGAUUGCCACAUGCGCCGUUCUCAUGUACUUUGACGCAAGCCGGAUGUAUCACUGGAUCCGAGGACAGGCCGCCAUCAAACUUUACGUGAUCUACAACGUGCUGGAAGUCAGCGACCGGCUAUUUGCAGCCAUCGGACAGGAUGUGUUGGAGUGUCUUUUCUCGCGGGAGGCUUUGGAACGUCGGCCGAAUGGACGAAGCAAAGUCUUCCGGCCUUUUGGGCUCUUCCUGUUGGCGUUGGCCUACACGGUGGUACAUGCCACGGCGCUUUUUUAUCAGGUCAUGACGCUGAAUGUGGCUGUCAAUUCAUACUCAAAUGCUUUGCUCUCUUUGCUACUAUCAAAUCAGUUUGUCGAGAUUAAGUCCACUGUCUUUAAGAAAUUUGAGAAAGAAAACUUGUUUCAGUUAACUUGCGCAGAUGUGGUGGAGCGCUUUCAGCUUUGGCUUAUGCUCACCAUCAUUGCGUCGCGCAAUAUCGUCGAGACGGGCGCAUUCAACUUCAUUGGCAACCUGGGCUCCAGUUUCAGCAGUCAGUCGACGAGCACCAAUAGCACACCGUUGUCAACGCCACCGCGAACCAUGUCGUCGAUCCUACCGCAAUCGUUCACGAUUGUGCCUUCAUCCAUCAUUGCGUCCUUCAGUCAUGUGAAUUCGUUUCUCCCCACUCUCGCCCAGGUCCUCGGGCCUUUUCUGGUUGUGUUGGGAUCCGAGAUGCUUGUUGACUGGCUCAAGCAUGCAUACAUCGGCAAAUUCAAUAACACCCGCCCCGCCAUCUACAAGCGUUUCUUGGACGUGCUGACGAAAGACUACUACACGAAUGCCUUUGGAGAUCAGAAUCUAACCCGUCGGUUGGGACUGCCGGUCAUCCCGUUGUCUUGCCUCUUCUUUCGGGUUUCUGUCCAGACGUAUCAGAUGUUCCUGGCCGCUUUGCUGCCGCAACACCCCUCAUCCACGGCAGUGGAGUCGACAUCGUUAUCUUCUAUCUAUAGCCACUACGUCCCCGCUCCGAUCCCGUCUCCACCGCCGCUGACGCUGCGGACGAUCGUGCCAGCAUCUGCGGCACAUAUGAACGCUUUUUUUCGGCAGCUCCUAGCGAAUACCAUGCCAUCCCCAGCGCAGUCCGUGUACAUCUUCACCGUCGUUCUCAUUCUGACGGGAUAUGUGGUGUUACUGAUCGUGAAACUGCUCCUAGGAAUGGUGUUAUUAGCCUAUGCCCGCUCCCGCUACCGAGCGAUGAAACAGCGCGAGACGGAGCAAGCAUCUCAUGAGAAUGGUGGCCCGCCCCGCGCACGAGAAUAUGCGGUAGAGGGCAGUCGUCGCUUUGGUGGGUGGGGAGUGGUGGAAGUCAAUGACGACCACCGACGGUGGAUCUACACGGAUGAUCCCGAGGGACUACGACGGCUGAAGGCCAAAGAAGAAAAGGAGAAGAAUUCCAAGGAGGAAUUGAACAUGGACCAUGUUCGACGGUAUGAGAUGGUAGCCAAGAGGAUCUGGUGAUUCGAGGAUGGCCUUGUACUUUUGUACCUUAGAUUACGUGUAGAUACCUAACCAUAGUGUAGAGUAAGUGUGUGUGUGUGUGUG